CCUCGGAUGCAGAAGGUGUGAGCAGAGAGAAGGAGUAACUGAAGAGAAUUGAGCAGCAGUUGCCGCCAUAUUGGCCAGACACAAAACAGGUUUUGUGUUGUGUUAGAAGUGUGUGGAGAUGUGGAGAUACUAAAGGACUUCCUUGUGCAGCCAGGCUGUGUGAACUUCGGUCUAAAGGCGCGUGGGGUACAAAGAAAUAGUGCAUUUAGCGGAGCCACGCUGAACAGGCUAACAACGCGAUCCUGCUGCUGCAGGGGGCCGGAAUUGUCCGGCUCCACUCGCUCGAUGUAGCGAGGAGUUGGCAUCUGAUGUCAUAUUCGUCCAGCGGGCAAGCUUAUAUAGCGCAGGGGAGGGGGUGCCUCCCUUAUGAGGUCACUGCGUCCACACUACAAAUACGGACAUGGAUGAGUUGAAAGAGAACAUGGCAGCUGGAAGAGCAUAGGACCAUGAUCAGGUACCUGUUUCUCCAAGGGAAAGGUGUAAAGCAGAUCCAUGAUGCAAAACAGUCACUAGUAGAAAUCGCCUCGACACCACCAAACAAAGUCAGCAAUAUGGUAUGAUCUCCCACAGCAACAAUGGAGACUCGACUUUGGGUGGUUGCAUUCAACAUCUACAUAACAUCUUCCCAGAAUCUGAUCAUGUCUGGAAUCAAAGGAGGACAAUGCAGCCAAAAGUUCCAGUGCCAAGAUCCUUGCAAGAAUCCAUGCAAAGACCCUUGUCAAAAAAUACCUGUCUGUGUAGAUCCAUGCCAAGACCUAUGUAAAACAGGACUUCAAUAUCAUGGAUCUCACCAUCAGCAUGGUCACCACUACCAUCACAAACAAGAUCCCUGCAAUCCCUGCUGUCCUGUUCCCUGCUGUCCUGAUCCCUGCUGUAAUAAAUGAAGAUGUUCAUUCUUACAAUCCAGUUUGGAAAGCUUUUUUUUUCUCUUACCCACAAUCUUAUAUAAUCAUUCUUUUUAAUUGAAUGCCCUUAAAUUCUGUUCCUUUGCUGUUUGUAAUACAGUCUGCUAAUAAAUAAAAUGU